AUGGCUCUUGUUAAGAAGGAUGUAACCGAUCUCGCGGAGGAAGUUGAACGGCUGGAAUUCUCUCUUGACCCCAAAGAGCAAGCUCGAUACAAGGUGGCAAAGGCUGAGCUCGACAAGAUCUAUCAAAAGAAGGAAGAGUAUCUGAAAGAACACCCUGAACAACGAAGACUGGUUUAUCGCGGCAAAAGGGAUGGGGAUCAAGCCGACGAGGAAAUUGUUCUACCGAAACGCCAUCUAUUUGGCAAUGACGGACUACCCAUUCACCCUGAACGGAGCGCGUAUUAUGACCCUGUCAUGAACCCAUUUGGAGUUGCGCCGCCUGGAAUGCCUUACCAACAACGAGCAGCAAAGCGACCAGGGGAAGUGUGGAGUGACGAUUCGGAAGAUGAAGAAGAUUCGGAUGAUGACAUUGCCAUGCCUGACGGUCCUCCUCCUGGAGUGAAUGAAGAGGCUGUGGAUAGCGACGAUGAUAUUCCCAUGCCCGAGGGACCCCCGCCGGGCCAACUUGCACCUCCACCCCCGAUGAAUCCGCCUCUACCUCCUCCUCUGGGUAUGCCAUUUCCACCGGCCCCACCCUUAGGGCCGCCGCCUCAUGGACUAUUGCCUCCUCCCCCACCUGGUUUUGCACCUCAAUGGGUACCACCACCUCUGCCAGUCUAUGGUUUCCCGCCAGCGCCGCCUGGUUUCUUCCCUCCUGUGCGAAACCCAUCUUCGAUGCAAGAUCCACUCUCCAACAUACCGCACCAAACCUAUCAAGUUCGUUCUGCACCAAAAGCGCUGCCAAAAUCACUCCCAGCAAAGCCCAUUGACGCGGUUGAAAGCGCUAGUCUGAUGGCAGCAACAGUAUUUGCCGCUCCAGAACUCCGCGACUUCAAAAAGGAAGCUACCGCUUUCGUACCUGCAAAUUUGCGCAAAAAGAAUGCUGGAGCGACAGCGUCAAUGUCGAAGGUCAAUGCGGCCCCGGGUAGUUCUUCAGACAAUGCAGAAGCUCUCCCAGCAAGACCCGAUUUAUUGGGCUCGUUGAAGGACAAGUUCGGGGUGGUGCCGGCACCGACAAGUGCGCCGAGUGUCAAACCGCCUGCUCAGAAGUCGAAGGGGAAGGAUGACUAUGACAGAUUCGUUGAGUCCAUGGCGGACAUUCUGGGACCGCAGUAA